CGCGGCCGGCACUAGCUCUCGGGGCAGCUGUGGGAGCUGGCGGCUGAGCCCGCCGCGCGGGAGGACACGGCUGCGAGGCGCUGCUCCAUCCCUCCAUCCGUCCUGCCACCCGCCGAGCGGGGCCUGCCCUGCCCGUCCGUCCGUCUGUCUGUCGUGCCCCGUCCCUCAGCCCCACCGAGCGGGUGCUUCAGGCCUGGCAAGCGCCGUGCCCGCGGCUGGCGUGCGGAUGCUCUGUUAUGGUGGCUGCCUUUCUGAGGGGCACAAUGUGACGUGUCCAGACUUUUCUGUAAAAUAAGCUUUGAAGAGAUCAAACCUGGCAAUGGGCACUUGUGACUAAAUAAGAUCUCCUAAAGAUAACAUUCUUUAAUCUCCAGAGAUGACAGCUGUUGCAGUGCUAGAGGAGGUGCUGGUGUCCAUUGAGAAUGAGCUGCAGGCAGUGGAGAUGCAGAUCCAGGAGCUUGUGGAUAAGCAGCAGGAACUCCUUCAAAAGAAGAUGAGGGUGAAGAAUCUGAUAAAACAGUCCUCAGGAGACUUGGAGGCAGGUGGAAGUAAAGACACUGAAACCUCAGCUGAGGAAUGGAACAAAAAAGAUUUUCCAUGGUAUGAGAAGAUAAAAACUGCACUGCAGAGCAAAUUUAAACUCCAGAAGUUCAGAUCACUGCAACUUGAAACAGUAAAUGCUGCAAUGGCAGGGAAGGAUAUAUUUCUUGUCAUGCCUACAGGUGGUGGGAAGAGCCUUUGUUACCAGUUACCAGCUGUCUGUUCUGAUGGUUUCACACUGGUGAUAUGUCCUUUGAUAUCUCUCAUGGAAGAUCAGCUCAUGGUUUUGGAACAGCUUGGUAUCUCUGCAGCUUUAUUAAAUGCCUCAAGCAGCAAGGAACACGUGAAGUGGGUCCACACGGAAAUGCUGAAGAGGAAUUCCCAGCUGAAGCUCAUUUAUGUGACCCCAGAGAAGAUUGCAAAGAGCAAAAUGUUCAUGUCCAAGCUGGAGAAGGCUUACCAGGCCGGGUGCCUGGCUCGCAUCGCUGUGGAUGAGGUGCACUGCUGCAGUCAGUGGGGCCACGACUUCAGGCCUGACUACAAGUCUCUUGGUAUCCUGAAAAGACAGUUUCCCAAUGCUCCCUUGAUUGGAUUGACAGCAACAGCUACCAAUCAUGUUUUAAAGGAUGCUCAGAACAUCUUGCAUGUUCAGAAGUGCAUUACCUUUACUGCUUCCUUCAACAGGCCCAACCUUUACUAUGAGGUUCGGCAUAAGCCUUCAAAUAACGAAGAUUUCAUUGAGGACAUAGUUAAGACAAUUAAUGGAAGAUACAAAGGACUGUCAGGAAUUGUUUACUGCUUUUCUCAGAAGGAUUCUGAGCAAGUUACUGUGAGUUUGCAGAAACUGGGAAUCAAGGCAGGGACUUACCAUGCAAACAUGGAUGCUAAAUAUAAAACCAAAGUUCAUAAAGGAUGGGCAACAAAUCAAAUCCAGGUUGUAGUGGCAACUGUUGCUUUUGGCAUGGGAAUUGAUAAACCUGAUGUGAGGUUUGUAAUUCAUCACUCUAUGAGCAAGUCCAUGGAAAACUACUACCAAGAGAGUGGACGUGCAGGUAGAGAUGACCAAAAAGCUGACUGCAUUUUGUAUUAUGGAUUUGGAGAUAUAUUCAGAAUCAGCUCAAUGGUGGUGAUGGAAAAUGUUGGCCAAGAGAAGCUGUAUGAUAUGGUAUCUUACUGCCAAAAUAUGACCAAGUGUCGCCGGGUGCUCAUAGCCCACCACUUCGAUGAAGUGUGGGAUUCUGCAAACUGCAACAGAAUGUGUGAUAACUGCUGUAGAGAGAAUGCAUGUGAGAAGAUGGAUGUUACAGGAUACUGCAGGGAUCUGAUAAAGAUCCUUGAGCAAGCUGACAGCAUGAGUGAGAAACUCACCCCACUGAAAUUAAUCGAUGCCUGGUCUGGGAAAGGUGUGUCCAAGUUCAGGGUGCCUGAAGUUACUCCACCCAAGCACCCUCGAGAGGAGCUGGAGAGAAUUAUUGCCCAUUUGCUGCUGCAGCAGUAUCUGAAGGAGGAUUUCAGCUUCACAGCCUUUGCUACAAUAUCCUACCUGAAGGUGGGACCCAAAGCCCGGCUGCUGAAAAACGAGGGACAUGUCAUCACCAUAGAAGGGAUAACAAACAGCAGAAGUGUUUUCAAGGUCAAACCAUCUCAAUCUUCAAAUUCAAAAGGAAGCAGAGAAAAUGCCCAGACUGGAACAAAGACUGUCCAAGAUUCAGUGGUGAAGAAAUCACAGGAACAUAAACGGCCCAGCUGUGGUCCUAACUUAAAAGCAAAGAAGCCUAAGCUUCAGGCAGGUGCAGAUGACCAACCAGUACUAAUUGACUGAGUGUCACAGACUAAAUUUAGGAUCUAAUCAUGGUUGCUGCUCCAUGGACAGUGCAGUGUGUAAGUUCAGUUUGUGCUUUAGUAAUGGUGUUUUUAUUUAAUAAACACUGAACAGGGAACAAAUAUCUUAAAAAACUGUCAAAUCGAGAAGGCUAAUAGAGGAGGAAAAAGUGUUUCAUAUCAAAAUAAUUGGUGCCAAUCUUGGGUUACAGCAAUGAUUACAAAAGCUAUAUAAAUGACCACGUUGCCUUUUUACCUCUUUUGGAAGUGUAGAAUACAGUAACACUGUGGUGGGUUCUUGCAGUCUGGAAAGGACUGCCAAAGGUGCAGAGGUUUCCAGACUUCCUUCCUGUGGGAGUCUCCACCCACUGCUCCACUGAGAGUCCUCUAGAGAUUUCUCUCCUUUGCAGCACAGGACUUGGUGGUCCUUAGCUCUGCACAAAGGCCCUGUGAGCCUCUGUUCCUUCUGCCUGCUGUGCAGGUGCUUUUCCUCUUCACCAGUGACUCCACUGCAGCCAGGGCACUGCCCCCCCAGGGCAGCUGCUGUCACCAGCCCCAGGGAGUGACAGCAGACAUCUGGGGCUGGGAUGCUCCAGCAUCCUUCCCCCGGAGCCCUGGCUGGCUCAGAGCUGCUGCUGUGCCAGGGCUGGUUGUUCCAGCCCAUGUGGGCACUGUCCCUACCCCCACUGUGGCAUGACUGAGUGAAAUAUUGUAUGUAUUUGAGUGAAAUAUUAUGUGUAUUUAUUCCUUUGAAAUAUGUCUGUUGCUCUUAAAAUUGGACUUCUCUAGGUUGUUAUUCAAAUAGAAAUUUAUGACUUCUGUGCUUGGCAGAAGUACCUCAAUUUAAGUGUACAAACAAGACAACCUGCCAGCCUAGGAAACACUCAACAGCUACUGCUGCCUGCAAGCAUUCUCAGGCACCUGUGCUGACUGCUAGAUUCAAUUUUCUUUUCUUACUUUUAACAUCUUAGCAGCCCAAGAUCAGAAAGGCAUGUUCAGUUUCAUUAAUAAAUGCAAAUUCUGGGUGGUUGCAUUUUAGCUCUUCUCCCUUACACUUACAUGUAUAACAAAUACACAACUAAUACCAUUAUCAACAUGCUCUUCAUCUUUAUUUUUCUGGUAAAAAUGUGACGGUGACUAAAGCCUAUAAUCUUUCACCCAUCCUUUAGCUGAGACCUUUGCCAAAAAAUGAAAAUUUAGUUAAAAACAGUCAUUCUCCUCAAAAACAUUAGGUGAUUUGUCUGGGACAAGUCUCAAUAUGUACUGCCAGCUUUGUAUUGAGUACAAUAAAUGGUUCCCAAUUUGACCCAAAAUAAAUAGCAACUCUCAGGCA